GCCGGGGGAUUUUCUUUCCCCGCUCACACUCUGCAGCAGCAAACAAAAGAGGAGGAUGCAGACGUCUCUGUGCAUGCUUUUGGCCGCUGCGAGUUUUCUUGGAGGGUUUUCAGCGCUGACAGAAGAUGCAACGACUGAGAGUUUUAAUAUAUUCCUCAACGGCUCAACAACUACAGCUGAGUCUGUGAGUGUGGGGCUGCAGGAUCACAGCACACGACCACCGACUACAACAGCUCAGACGGCGUUAAACACCACCAGCAGCAUCACCGGCAUCCCCUCUGUUACUGACAAAGAGCUGGACAGUAAAGGCACCACCAACAGCGAAGAAGAAAACACCAACAAAGAAGAAGAAAAGGAAGAUGACAAAAAGACAGAAGAGAAGAAAACAACUCUGGACUGUCCUCCCCUCGGCCUUGAGUCUCUGCAGGUCGAUGACAGCCAGAUCCAAGCUUCUUCCUACCAGCGGGAAGGUCUGGGUCCUCACAGGGGGAGGCUGAAUAUCCAGUCUGGCAUCGAGGACGGAGACCUGCAUGACGGAGCCUGGUGCGCUGAGUACAAAGACCAGCACCAGUGGCUGGAGGUGGACGCCAUCCACCUGACCCUGUUCACUGGAGUCAUCCUGCAGGGCCGAAACUCCAUCUGGAGUUGGGACUGGGUCCACACCUACAAAGUCCAGCUGAGUAAUGACUCUGUGAACUGGGAAACCUGCCAGAACGGGACAGUAGAUGCAAUCUUUGAAGGAAACCAGAAUCCAGAGACUCCAGUGCUCGGACUCCUCCCUGUUCCCACCGUGGCCCGCUUCAUCCGGAUCAACCCUCAGACCUGGUACACCAACGGGACCGUCUGCCUCCGAGCGGAGAUCCUCGGCUGUCGUGUUCAUGAUCCAGAUGAUAUCUACUCCUCAGAACAAAAACCAGGAUCAAGCGACGCCCUGGACUUCAGACACCACAACUACAAAGAGAUGAGAAAGCUCAUGAAGUCUGUGACCGAUGAGUGUCCGGACAUCACCCACGUCUACACCAUCGGGAAGAGCUACACGGGCCUGAAACUUUACGUCAUGGUGAUCUCAGAUAACCCCAGCAAACACGAACUAGGCGAGCCGGAGUUCCGCUACGUGGCGGGGAUGCACGGGAACGAGGCUCUGGGCCGAGAGCUCGUCCUGAACCUCAUGCAGUAUCUGUGCAGAGAAUACAAGAAGGGGAACCAGCGUGUCGUCAGGCUGGUGACCGAGACACGGAUACACCUCCUGCCCUCCAUGAACCCCGAUGGAUAUGAGGCAGCUUAUGAGAAGGGAUCAGAACUGGCCGGCUGGGCUGAGGGACGAUACAGCUUUGAAGGAAUCGACCUGAAUCAUAACUUUCCAGACCUGAACAACAUCAUGUGGGACGCCGAGGAGGCGGCGGCAGACAAAUCUAAAGUCACCAACCACUACAUCCCCAUCCCGGAGUACUACACCCAAGAGGACGCCUUUGUGUCUCCAGAGACGCGUGCCGUCAUCAGCUGGAUGCAGGACAUCCCCUUCGUGCUCAGUGCGAACCUCCACGGAGGAGAACUGGUGGUGACGUACCCGUUCGACUGCACGCGUGACUGGGCCCCUCAGGAGGACACCCCGACGGCGGACAACGCUUUCUUCCGCUGGCUGGCCACCGUCUACGCCUCCACCAACCUGGUGAUGGCCAACCCCGACCGCCGCAUCUGCCACUACGAGGACUUCCAGAAGCACAACAACAUCAUCAACGGAGGAGCGUGGCACACCGUCCCCGGCAGUAUGAACGACUUCAGUUACAUGCACACAAACUGCUUCGAGGUGACGGUGGAGCUGUCCUGCGAUAAGUUUCCUCAUGUCAGCGAGCUUCCCGUCGAGUGGGAGAACAACAAAGAGUCUCUGCUCGUCUACAUGGAGCAGGUCCACAGAGGCAUCAAAGGUGUGAUCAGAGACAAGCUGACCAAACAAGGGAUCCCUGACGCUGUAGUGAAGGUGGAAGAUCACGACCAUGACAUCCGAUCAGCUGCUGACGGAGACUACUGGCGUCUGCUGAACCCGGGCGACUACAAGGUGGUGGUCUGGGCAGAGGGUUACUUCCCGUCGAUGCGUCGCUGCAACGUAGGCAUGGAACCACGUCCCACCAUGUGCGACUUCAUCCUCACCAAGACCCCCGUUCAGAUGCUGAAGGAGAUCCGUGCCAAAGGAGGGAAGAUCCCCCAGGACCUGCAGCUGCGUCUCCGUGCGCUGAGGCUCCGGAAGCUACGCGCCAGCACCAAGGUCCUCAACCGGCGCCGGGAGAGUCAGCGCCUGCAGGAGGAGCAGCAGCGGACGAGGAGGGCUCGGUCCACCAGAGCCCGGAGAGAAUGAGAGCGGUCCGGGACGAGGGGACUGAAGAAGGCUGGAAGAGUUCAGUUCAAGGGAAGAGAACCGACCUCUGUGAAAAAAAACCAACACUUUACUUACCUGCUGUGAUUAAAGAGAGGACACGUUUAAAGGGCCAGUUCACCUAAGUUUAUGGAAAGGUUUUUAAAUAUCACUCUAAAAGGUAUAAAAUGUGACUUUCAGGAUGUACAUGUCCAGUAGAUGUUGCACUUUAGCGGCAGUCUGUUGUUUUUUGUUUUAAAACAAACAUUGAACCACUGGGUGAAACAUAAACAAGCAGAAGGAAGCACCGUCCCGUCAGUGUGAACACAGAGCUGAGAACAACAAACCCGCUCUCUUUUCAUAAAGUCAUUACUCAAUGAAGUAUCAAGUUAGGACAUAUUUUAUAUCUGCUAUAUUAAUGUUUAAAGUUUUGCAUAUUAUACCUUUGAAUUUGAUAGGAAGGCAAAUGUAUGUAAGGUGUACUGGCCCUUUAAGGCAGAGGAAUCCAUCACAGUCACACAAACUCUUUUAAACAUAAACAAGGACACAAACUGAGUCACUUCUUAAAGUCAUAAAAACACAUUUUGUUUGUGUUUGAAGGCUGACAGACACUGACAAUCCUUUACUGACAUUCUUGAGUGAUACCGUCCAAAUUCAUGUUUUCACUUGUUGCUUUUCUUUGAGAUGACUGAGUCGAGAGAUUAACUGUCAGCUGGUCUGAUAUGUCACAUGUUUUUGUUCUUACAUUGUUUUAUUUGACCCAAGUCCAACGAGACCUUGAAAUAAAUAUGUUACUUAUU